AUGCAGCAAGGGGUGGAGGACUCUUGGAGAUGGAAGGCAUCGAGCACUAGCAAAUUAGAGCUUAAGACUUUGACAAUGCACAUUUCCGCCAGAGACCUGUUUCUACUCCUCCGUGAUGUGUUAUGGGUGAAGCUUAAUUCUAAUGGGGAUUGGUGUGUUGGGAAGUGCAUAAGGUGGUGUCUGAAGGUAUGGGUUGUGUCAUCCCUAUGUCUUUGUCGCAGCAUGUGUGUGGAGAGGAGUUGGAGGGACUCUGAAGACGAAGAUCUGGAGUUAAAAUGA